CUUAAUGAACAAAUUUCUCAGCAGCCCGAUACCUCACAGACUAGCACAGGAAGGAAUGACUUGUUCUCUCAAGUAAUGGGAGAAGAUCGACAUGGCCGAGUCCGCACUUAUGGGUUAGGCCCCACUCCUACUGAUUUGUGGGGAACAACACGUAGCCAACGAAGGAUUACCUCCGCUGCUCAGAGUAGAAAUGAAGAAUAUGAAGGACUGCAGAUUGAAGUAUCAUCCCUAAAAUCGGAAGUUUCAUCCCUAAAAUCAGAAGUAUUAUCCCUAAAAUCAGAAUUUUCAUCUUUUAAAGAAUCCAUGGCGCAGCUGAUAUCCUCUAGGACAAAUCUGAAAUCCACAGUAUCAGAUAAUUCAGCUAAUCUCAACCUAAACCAACCGGCCUCAUCAUCAAGCCAGGGACACUUAGCGAAAAAGGAAAAGACUAUGACUUGCAGUAGUACCGGGGUCAAAGCUUUUCACCUAUGAUGAUGCUGUGGAGAGAGUUGCUCGCCAACUUGGCUUGGAUGAUCCAACAAAAAUUAGGCUUACUUCUCACAACUGUUACUCUCAACAACCUAAGCCCCAACCCAUCAAGUUCUAGGGUGUAGAACAUCUGUC